AUGAGCGUGGUACAUCCAGAAACAAAUAAAUAUAAUUUUAAAUUUGAGCCGUUUUUAAGACAGGAAUAUAGUUUAUCUUUGGACCCAGACAGGCCAAUUUGUGAAUAUUACAAUGGCAUCUCGUCAGAUUCAUGUCCUUUGGGGAAUAACUGUCCCAAGAAGCAUGUGUUACCAAUUUUCCACAAUAAAAUUGUCUGUAAACAUUGGUUAAGAGGGUUAUGCAAAAAAAAUGAUAAUUGUGAAUACUUGCACGAAUAUAAUUUGAGAAAGAUGCCUGAAUGUGUAUUCUUCAGUAAAAAUGGAUUCUGUACUCAAACUCCUGAGUGUCAAUACCUGCACAUAGAUCCACUAAACAAAAUCCCGAAAUGUGAAGACUACGAACUAGGUUAUUGUGCCCAAGGCCCUAAUUGUAAUAAAAGACACAUCUCAAAGACGUUGUGCCAAAGAUAUUUGACAGGGUUUUGUCCCUUAGGGAAAGGUUGCGAUUCAGCGCAUCCUGUUUUUAACAUAUGGAAUAUGAACGAUGAUUCUAUAAGAAUCAAGAAAGACGAAGAAAUCAAUACAAGACAAUCAGAUGCCGAAAAGGAAAGAAGGUUGAAUGCAAUUAUAAAUGGUGAAAUAGACUUUGACUGA